UCCGAAGACAACCCUCUCCAUUCUACCUGCCGCUCCCUUUCCCCCCUGGCUUGCUGUUGGGGACAUUCCUGGAGGUUUGACUGGUUUUACAGACUGACAGGGCAAGCAGUGAGUCAGUGUUUGGCAAUGGAGUGGGCGGUGAAAGUAGUCUGUGUGUUAUGAGCCUGAGGGAGAAAUUAGCUGAAUGAUGUCAGACAGUGGUAGGAGGAGAUCGCUGAGACUGGAGAGUGAACGGGAAAAAAGGGUCGGGCAGAGACCAUGAAGACAACUGUAAACACACAGUCAGUGCAACACAGAAAGAACGAACAGCAGCACACCUCCUGCCUUGGAAUGACCCGAUCCCGGCGCUCUGCAGCUAAAGAACAAGCUCAGUCAGGCUUGUACAAGUAGAAGCGAUCCUAUCAAUGUGGGUUGCAGCCAACUGAUAACAGUAGAAAGUGGAUGAGUAACCCUGCAAGUGCUAAUAUCACCCAAGGUUGCAUGCAGAUGACCGCUUAAUAAGAUAAAGACAAGGAUAUUUCAUGGCUUACCUCGGGGCCUAAAGCACAAGGGUGGUUAUAUAUUUUCAAGAUUUGGAUUCCUUCAGAUAUAUUUUGUAGAAGAAACUAAUGCUGCAGAAUUUCCAUCCAUAGUUCUUCAAGAGGAAUUCUUAUUUUUAUACAUUUUGUUGCACAAAUGGAUAGCAUUGAGACCACAAAAACAGAUGAACAUUCCUUAAAUCUUCAUAACAAAGCACUAAAUGGUUUUCCAAGAUCCAUUUCAACAAACAGUGACGAUGAGAAAAAUGCUAAGAGCAAACCUAAAAGCAUGCCUAAUGGCUUGCGAAAAGGCUUGAAACAUUAUCCAGACUAUAUUCAAAUUACUAUGCCAGUGGACUCUAGGAACAAAUUUCCAUUGGAGUGGUGGAAAACUGGUGUUGCCUUUAUUUAUGCUUUCUUUAACAUGGUUCUCACCACUGUUAUGAUCACAGUGGUACAUGAGAGAGUGCCUCCAAAGGAAGUCAGCCCUCCGCUUCCAGACAAGUUUUUUGACUAUGUCAGUCGUGUGUCGUGGGCCUUUUCUGUUUCAGAGAUAACUGGAAUGAUUUUAGUUGCUCUUUGGACAGUCCAGUGGGUCUUCUUGCGAUACAAAUCAAUUGUGGGGCGGCGAUUUUUCUUUAUCGUUGGAACAUUAUACUUGUACCGUUGUAUUACAAUGUAUGUUACAACACUGCCAGUACCUGGAGUUCAUUUUCAAUGUGCCCCAAAGCUGCAUGGAGAUUCUUACGCACAACUACAGAGGAUCCUCCGACUAAUAUCUGGCGGUGGUUUAUCAAUUACAGGAUCUCACAUAUUGUGUGGAGAUUUUCUGUACAGUGGCCAUACUGUCAUUCUCACCCUGACUUACCUGUUUAUCAAAGAAUAUUCUCCUCGACACUUUUGGUGGUAUCAUUUAAUCUGCUGGCUGCUAAGUGCUGCAGGUGUCAUCUGCAUACUAGUGGCACAUGAACACUAUACAGUGGAUGUGAUUGUUGCCUACUAUGUAACUACCAGACUCUUCUGGUGGUAUCAUACCAUGGCUAAUGAAAAGUGUUUGAAGACCUCUUCUCCAACAAAUUUACUUACCAGAACCUGGUGGUUUCCAGUGUUUUUAUUCUUUGAGAAGAAUGUUCAGGCCUGUAUUCCAUGCAGUUACUCUUGGCCCAUCUCUUGGCCUCCCAGCUGCUUCAAAGCAUCAUGCAAAACCUAUUCACGAGUACAGAAGACAGGAGAGGAUGUUGAAAAGGCCACAUGAACUCAGUCAUUAGACUCUGCAUAAAACAAACACACAGUGAAUGGAAGACUUUUUCAAAGCUUUAACCAAAGAAAUAUUUUCUUGUUGAGAAUCUGACUAAAUGAAGUGGACCAAUAAUUUUAUUUCUUUGAUUGCAAAGGUAGUUCAAAAUGGGAUACAACUUUUAUCCCAACUAGCUUAAAACAAACACUAACAGUUCACAACCAGAUUGCAUACCAAUGAAUGAAUUUUAACGGAAUAGUAAGUACAGCUUGUUUGGAAGGUAGUAGUAUUCUUAAUGCUGUGCUUGUGGAUGCGUAUAUUGUUUAUUGUUAAUGAAUUCGUUUGUAAUGCACAAAGUCACAGGGUACAGUGAACCUCAGGGUAGCUUCCCUCCUAACAUUUCUGCAUUGAAAAUGUAUCCAUAAUCCAUAAUUUUGAAAAAAAGCAUUUGGGAUGUUGGAGCUAGGUGUCUGUGGCCUCUUGUGAUCAUACUUUUGCUCAGGAUGGUAAAAAAGUCUUUCUUUAAAUAUGAAGUCGCUAAUUAACAUCCCAAUGCCACCCUAGACAUUUAGAAAUGCACAUUGAAGAGCUCUUUUUAAUAUUAGUAGCAGUUUUAAUAACUCCUGAGACAUAUUCAUUAACACAAGAGAUUAGAUAGAGAUAGAUUAAGCACAAAUUGUUCCUAUCUGAAUCAUUAUUUUAUAGUAGUCAUACAAAUUUUAUGCAGAAGUUUCCAUGUCUUUGUAGAACCUGAAGUAAUCGAUGAACUGUUUUAUCCGGUUUAUUGCACUGGUUACUCUCUGAUCUCUCAGAGUAUUGUCCUGUUUUACUAUUGCCUUAAGGGUCCAUGGGGUUCUUCAUGUUCUGGAAGACAGGUUGUAAAGUACAAUAGAGAUUAGUUUUCUUACAAAUGUUGCUUUAUCUUCAGAAAUAACAAAUGCAGUUAUAUAUAUUUAAAGCUCUUACAAUUUAUGAGAAAAGAUGUGUUUUUGCAUAUGGUAAAAAAUAGAAAUUUUGCUACUGCUGGAAAAGUAGUUGACCUUCUGUGGAAAUGUAAGUAACAGUAAAAAAGUAACUGUUUGCUCCUCCAAAUGUCAAUGUCUUAGAUUUAAAACCCCAUUGUACAGAAGACUGUUUUCCCAGAAUGCUGUGGUCUCUUUUUAGGGCCUAUAGUUGCAAUUAUGACACAUUCCAACUGUGAUAUUGGUUUUACUCUGGUUAUUGCUGUAGUAUGUUAAAGCAGGCUUGUUAUUUAUCUAUGCCAUCUUGGGUUUCUGAUCAGAUUUUGAGAAAUAGAAAUAAUAAAGUAUGGCCAAAAGAAGAAGGGUAUUCUCCAUAAAAGCUCAGUGGGAAAAAUACAUUGCUAUGAUAAUAUUGAUGCUGUGAAGUAGAACAACUUUCAGAUGAGAGAGAACUAAUUCUCAAGGGUUAGGACUUAAUCAUUUUAAUUACAUACAGUAUUGUUGCCCCUUGGUCAUUUUAAGCAAACAGAAAACUAUACCAGUCUAGUUUUAAACACGACUGCCCACCACAUAUACGCGUUAUCAGAUGAUUAAACCCAGAGCUUGGAAAUGUUGGGCAGUAUAUAGUAGUGGGCAUACCAUAAAUGCAGCUGUGCUAACACUUAGGGGCAGAAGUGUGAGAUUAGUUUUCACCACAGAAAAACUCAUUUUCUAUUCAUUCCUAUGGGAUUUUUAGAAGUGUACAUAUCAAUGGGUAAAAGUUAGAGUUCACCACUUUUUAAAAUCCCACAGGAAUUAAUAGAAAGUCGGUAAGUUUUCUGUAGUGAGCUCUAAUUUCACACUUUGAUAAAUCUGCUCCUGUAAAAUUCAGUAGGUUUGAAGUUGGGUUUCUGUUAUGGUGAACAUAAUCAUUCUUUAAACUAUAAAUACUGUCAAUCAUUCAUUAAAAUGCUGUUCUGAUCCACAUAGCAAAAUAUGGUAUAUCUCUCACUUGGACAAUACUUUCUAAGGGGAAUAUCUUAUGACCGGAAUAAACAUUCAGAACUGAAAAUAAGAGGUUGAUGCUGUUGUGGUAUCUGUCUUGUGAUGUGCUACCUCACCUACACGUUUAUGUUACAUGUAUACCUUGUUAUGCUAACAAAUAUACUGUAUUUUUAGAUGGUGCAGAUGCUACUGUAGCAUCUUUAUUUAAAGCAGAACAAGCAACUUUCCUAUAUAUCUUAAUUGUUAGAACAUUUUCUUUAGUUAUGCCAAAGGAUAUUUGGGUAGAGUUCCCAUUAAUCUGAAAGUGAUGGGAAGUGUCAUAUAAAACACAGUUGUAGAUGUUCCCAGUCAUACUAAUGGUACCCUUGUGAAAUAAAUGUGCAUUUUUUUUGCAUAUA